AUGUCAUCAAAUAUCAUAGUGACAAAUUCUGAUGAAGUUUAUAUCUUGACAUUACAUCGAACAUUCAAAAUCAAAAUUCUUCACCUAAUAAAAGAUUUAAAUGAUCGUUUAGACUCUAUCAUUAUAACUCGCACACGAGACAUUACAAAUAUGGUCAAUGUUAAAUUUAAUACGAACCUUACGGAAGCUACGGUGCAAGAAAUCAUCAAUCGUUUAAAUAAUGGUGAAAUGAAUGAACUGUUUCAUUCUUUUGAUAUCAGUCAGUUACUCAAUCAUUAUAUGACAAGUUCAGUAAUUGAUACAAAAGCAACUUUGAUUUGUUUAAAAUCAUUCACGAAGAAACGCAUUAGCUGUGAAGAAGACCUUGAUGUGAUUUUUAAUCAGUAUAUCAAUAUAUAUAAUUUAGAUAAAAUUAUUAAAGGUGGUGUUUAUUAUUCCAAAUGCAAUAGAUGUCAUCAAAAAUUUUACCCAAAUUAUUUCGAAAAGCUUACCAAUGGAAAAAGAUUCGUGACAACAAAUUGUUUAUACAAUCAAGAAUACAUUUAUUUUGGUGGCAAGAAAGCUUAUUCUACUCAAUUGUUAAUAAAUUUUACGUCUCUUUUCUUACGGCAAUAUUCCGGUUUUGAAAACUUCGAAAAUUCGUAUAAUCUAUCUCUUAAAAAAUAUCACAAUCUGAAUUCAAAUAAAAGUGCCGUACAUGAAAUAACAUCUGAAAUUAGUCGAGAAUAUUUCUCCAACAUUUGGUUUAUAUAUCAGUUAUCAUUAUAUACAUUUUUUAUGAAUGAUCUUCGGGAAUUUGAAAUACCAGGUUUAUUAGAUAAUAAUUCUAUCUAUGACUUUUUCUAUAUGAACUACGAUCAAUGGUACAAUGAUUUUGUUAAUAAUUGGGCAACUCAUCAUCGAACACAUCCAUGUGCAGCAACAAGAACGAAUAUAGAUCCUGGUUGUAUGAAAUGUUUUGUCUUGGAUGGCAUGCAAAAAGUUGCGAGACCAAUUUGUACUAAUAAGAAUAAACAGGAAUAUACCGAAGAAUUUCCUGAUGGAAUUUACGUUGGCUGUGGUAACACACCGAAAGCAAAGUCCGGCUUAUGUGAAUCAUGCCGUGAAUCCAUUUUAUUAAAAGAUAGUGAAACAUCUUUAUUAACUGAUGAUGAUAAAGGGAUUUAUGAUGAUCCAUUGAUGGGAUGCAAUGUUUCUAGAGAAGAUCGUUUCGUGGACCUAGAAAAGCGAUUCUCACAAGGUAUUAUUUACACACUGUCUCCGUGUGGAAUAGUUGUCGGCUUUGAUGAAAUUUUUCGAUCAGAAUCUUGUUUUAUCGCUUUACAGCAUUUAUUCAAAAUCAUACAUGUUAUCAAUAGUCAAUAUCAGCAAUACUUACCAAAAAUGAUUAUUUAUGAUAACGCUUGUAGCUUAUAUAUCUACUUUUGGAAUCGAUAUGGGAAAAGCGAUCCUAAUCGACAUAUUCCGCCAACAUCAUCAUCGAAAUUUAUUUCUGAAUGCUCCUUCUUCAUCGAUCGAUUCCAUCAACCGAAUCAUAAACGGCCUAUGUGCCAAAAAGAAAGAAACUUAGACUAUAUUCACACAGAUGCAGCAGCUAAAAGUAUUAACACUGAAGUUGCGGAACAAAGAAAUAGUGUCUUGAAACAAUAUCACAAUGCCCUGUCACCUUAUUCAUCAAAGAAAGCUCGUAUUGCUUAUUUGGUAUUAUUCCAUCUUAUGAAUUGUGAACGUAAUACUUGUGAUAACCAAUUCGAAUACAGUCGAAAAUACGUAAAAGGUGCGUUUUGCGAACAGUCCUUAAAACGUUUUCUAAAAACAGAAAAAAAAACAUAA